AUGACUAUGGAAGUGUACAACGCAGUGUUACUUACAGCAGGAGCAGUUGGUAUUUCAAUGGCAUCGAAAAAACUAUUAAAAGAACCAUUAGGCACCCCAGAAAAUGUAAAAGGAAUGGCGAAGCUAGCUGUCUCAGUUAGCCUUUCAUCUCUACUGGUCUCUUACUUGAAAGAAAAGAAGUAUCUACCAGAUGAUCCAUUCAAAACUUUGGUAAGACUAUAUAAUGGCGGGAGCAGUAGCAGGAGGACUAUUUAAUGCAUUUGCAUUUGCGGGAGCAGGAUUCUUAUUUAAGAUGUUUGACAAGAAUGGAUAUGCUGAGGAAGCUCAUAGACACAACAUUGCAAUGGAGAACCUAACAGCUGAAAGAGAGAAGUACCUCGAAGAAGUCACUGAUAGGAGAAACAGAAUUGCUCAACUGAAGUCAGAACUAGCUGAAGCAAAUAAGGAUAUUAAUUCAACAAACCAGUCACUGGAACUCGUUAGAAGAAUCAAUGAGUUAACACGUAAGGCUAUGCCAAGAAGGCCGCAAUUGAGUAAUCACUACAAACCUAGCUCAGAGAUGGCAGAAUAUAUGGCAAUCUUUGGUUUAAUUACAGGUGGGGUGGUUGGAGGGGUGGCUUACCUAAUGAUAUAA